AUGUGCGCUAUUCUGCUCUUCUACUCUUUGGCGCUCAUAGUGACUUUUACGCACACGGCUCUCAUGGCUUACCAUCCUUUCCAGGGUCACGGAGCAGACGCACUUCCUCUGCCCGCCUUCCAUUUCAGCGCUCAGUCUUCAUUUCCCCCAGUGUUCCCCCUUUCUGGGGUCGCCUCUCUCUCCGACGCCCUGUCGGAACCGGCUGCCUGUGACGCGCGGCUGCGCGCGGCUCUGCAGCUCCGAACUCAGCCGGUGCGUCCUUGGCUUUUGAAGAACCUGCAGCCCAAAGAACGUCUGGACGACGAGCUGAAAGUUACUCUGGAAUCUAGAGAUUUAUGGAGUGCGUUUCACAAAAUGGGAACUGAGAUGGUUAUCACAAAAUCUGGGAGGAGGAUGUUUCCGCCUUUUAAAGUGUGCCUAGAGGGCCUGAAUGAAACGGCUAAAUACAUCCUGCUGAUGGACAUUGUUGCUGUUGAUGAUUGCCGCUACAAAUUUCACAACUCCCGCUGGAUUGUUGCUGGGAAAGGAGACCCGGAGAUGGCAAAGCGCAUGUACAUCCACCCCGACAGCCCGUCUAAAGGAGAGCAGUGGAUGAGCAAGCCUGUUGCCUUCCAUAAACUCAAACUUACCAAUAAUGUUUCGGAUAAGCACGGGUUUACAAUUUUGAAUUCCAUGCACAAGUACCAGCCCAGGUUUCAUGUUGUGAGAGCAAACGACAUUAUGAAGCUUCCUUACAGCACCUUCCGGACUUAUGUUUUCCCAGAGACGGAGUUUGUCGCCGUCACUGCAUAUCAGAAUGAAAAGAUUACACAGCUAAAAAUUGACAACAACCCCUUUGCCAAAGGAUUCAGAGACGCUGGGAAUGGGAAACGAGAAAAGAGGAAUAAACAAAUGGGCGCAUCUUUGCUGCACGAGAGCCAAAGUGAAGCAGAUCAGGACUGUGGGGAUUCUGACGAGUCUUUUGAACAGCCCAGCACGAGCGAGCCUUUUUAUUCUCCUCUGGCGAGCCCUCUGACGGCCACACCAACGUAUCAUGAGGAAAACGGUAUUGGAAGUUAUUCUGAUACUGAACCACAAGAUGGCAACGUUUUUGAAGCCAGCUGUUUCAGGUCGUCUCGUACUUUCGCCAUGAGUCAGAGAAACGAGGACAUAUUGCACAAUAAACCUGACCUCAGUGAGAGGACCAACAACCUGGAUGGAAUGAGAGAUAGAACAAUGCACCAAACACUGGAUGAUGGAUACCCCACAGAGCUGAGCUCUUCAGAGACCCAACCUGUGGUGUUGCAGUCACGGACCUCAUCAGCCCCCAGUGAUAAUCCCUGCCCAACUUUAGAUUUCUCAGGAGUUUAUCACCGACUGUUUGCCAAGGUGGGGUCACCUUUGUUAUUCCAAGCAGAACAGAUGUCAGUAAAACCCAAGGGAUUUUGCACUACGGGUGUAGGACCUGGAUUUUUGUCUUUGCCUGGAGUAAGGGACUUUGAAAACGCAGGCUUGUCUUCUCAAAGCAUCACCUUCUCUGCCCCGUCUCCCUUCUCACAGCACACACUGGCUUCUCAGGGAGUCUCUCUGUCACCUUUUGGAGGGAUGGUGUCCUAUCCGUACCACUACACAGCACCACCAGGUGAAAUCUCUCCAGCUCUCCCCUCUUGCUCCACCUUGCGACCUCACACUAGAAUUCAUCAUCACAGCAAUUCUCAACCGUGGUUGCGGUUCAAUCCAUAUCAGAUCCCUUCGUCUUUCACCUCUCGCCAAAACCUGGCGGCCGCCUGCCUGCCCAUUAGGUCCUGUUCACAGCUUGGACUGUCCACACCUGGAACCAGUUUAGUGUCUGACAGUCACAGCUACGAAGGAGGCGUCAUGCAAAGGACUGCUCCACCCAUGGCUAGUGUUUUUGUUGAUGAACUGCAAUACAACUGGAAGUUUAUGAAGCUGCACACAACCAAUUCCUAA